UCGUUACACGCUGUACAUCGACGACUGCGCGUGUUCCGGCCUCAGUUACUUUGAGCGCGGCGUAGAGUUAUCAACCGUGAGACGUGCAAGAGAUUAACUAUGACCAAACAGAGAUCGCUAAAACUGGAGGCGGUGUCGAGGGUGGCCGCAAUUCCCAUAGUCGGCUCCAGCAUCGUAGUCACCGAGAGGCUGUACCACAAGAUAAAGGAAUCGAAUCGCCUUUUCCGCUGGUAUCUUAACCUGGGCGAGAAGUCACUGGCAACCGGUGCGCAGUUGGCUCUACCGGCGGUGAUGCUGUUCGAGGGGCCUAUCCACCAGUUCGACAGGUUCCUCUGCAAAUCCUUGGAUGUGGUUGAGAAAAGGGUACCAUCUAUAUACCUGCCACCAGAAACGAUAUAUUCCGAGACCCGGCGUUUCGUGCUCCGUCGCGCAGACUCCGUGAAGCAGCUAGGCACAGCUGUGCUGGACUCCAGGGUUACUGCUGUGACGGCGACCGCCCUCGACCGCGCACUUACCACCGCGGACAAGUACGUCGACAAAUAUCUACCACCCGACAAUCAGGAUGCGUCUGAUGUGGUGAUCGUAGUGAGCGCCCCCUCGGUGGACGGGGAGGGCCCGGAGGGGGAGUCGGGGCGCGCGAGGGCCGCGCAGGCCGUGCAGCACGGCGCCCGCCUACGGAGGAAGCUGCAGCGCCGCCUCACCAGGCAGGCGCUGGCCGAAGCCAAAGCCAUCAAGGAGCAGAUCCACGUGCUUGUGUACGUUGCUGAAUUGAUUGCAACGGAUCCAGCACUGGCGUGGAAGAAGGCUAAAGAACUGUACGCAUCGUUGAGCCAACCGGAGCCGGAGAACCAGGCGCGGCCAGCCACUGUCGAGGAGCUGAUGGUGCUGCUCGCGCGCGAAACCGCUAGGAAAAUGGUUCACCUCGUCAACUAUACUCACACUGAUUUGCCCAGAAACGUACGUCAGGGACUGUCGGUCAUCACCAAACACUUGUCCGCAACAGCCGACGCUCUACUCAAGAGUGUGCCGGUGGAGACCGCGCUGGCGGAGGUCCGCGGCUGGCGCACCAGGCUGCGGGCGCUCCUCCAACACCUGCAGGCCACCUCCAAGACUUACCUGGAACACCUGGCCAUAUUUUUGGCGGGAAACGAGGAGCGGGAAAAAAUCCCACCGCGGUCCGCGUACGACCAGCGGGAAGACCUCGCCAUCAACGGAGUCAACUGAACGCCUCCUAACUGUUUCUUCACACAAAACCUAAAUGUUGCUAUAUUUAUAUAAGAACAAUGAAUAAAUAU